AUGUUAAAAACUAAUCUUUGGAGUAAACUGUUGUACUUUCAGGUGUGGGACCUAGAGACUUUACACUGUAUUCAGACUCUGACAGACCAUACAUCGGUUGUGAUGUCUGUUCUUUGUUGGGACCAAUUUCUGUUAUCAUGUUCACUUGACAAAACAAUAAAGGCGUGGGCUGCUACAGAAAGUGGCAACUUGGAAGUAACGUAUACACACAAUGAAGAACAUGGUGUGCUCACCCUCUGUGGAGUGCAUGAUGCACAAGCGAAACCCGUCCUUAUGUGUUCAUGUAAUGAUAAUACCAUUCACUUUUAUGACCUCCCAUCAUUCAGUGGGAGGGGGAGAAUGUUCUCAAGAGAGGAGGUUCGGGCAAUACAAAUAGGUCCUGGUGGCCUUUUCUUUACCGGUGAUGGAACCGGCGAACUCAAAGUAUGGAAUAAUGGACCACCGAGCCACCAAACCAACCAUAGUAACCAUCUAAUUGGAAUCAAUGGUAGCAUUGUGAUACUGUCAUGUCAGUGGACAGUUUCAGUGGAGUUCUAG